UCAUGAGUACGGCGCUCCUUCAUUAAUACUCUCGAACAGGUAAGUGAUCGUUGUGUCCGAAAGGUCUGCGCAUGUGGGGGAACUUUUCCGUUUCGAGUUCGAGCUUGAAAGUGGCGGUCGGGUACUUCCUAGUGCGUAGAAUCUCUCUUUUUUUGUUUUGACUGAUUGGGCCUCCACAAAAUCGCAGGUAGCUGGCAAGCUCGCUGAGCCAAACUAGUUACGUCCGAAAACCGUGUGUCCGAAAUAGCUUGGGAAAUAGCAACCUUGCUGAUUAACGUUAUUUAUCAUGAAGCGAUGCAACAGUUGCAUAGCUGAUAUAGCUAGGUAACUGGUUACUAGCUAGCUAGCUAACAAAGGUCGCUUGGUAUUUAGCCAGCUAGCAAAUUAGCAAGCUUGCGCUCGCUACGGGUGUUUUCAGAAGUAACGAUACGGUUCACCCAGCUAUCAAGGUCCUUGGCUGCCCCUGUGCCAGUGAAGGAUGAGCAUGGAGGAGAAGCUGGAGGGCAUGUUGCUGAAGUGCAGCGGGGUCGUGGGGCUGCACCCGUCCUCCAGGGUCCUGGGCCCUGCCGGCGAGGAGGGGAGGCGAGGGGGCGUGGGCCUGGUAGAGCUGACCUUGGGUGCGCGGCCGCUGGCCCAUCACACCCUGCUGGCGGGGGACGAGGAAGACGAAGACGAGGACGAUGAGGAGGGCGUCCUGGCCCCGCACCACCUCGUCCCGCAGGGCGAGCUGAUGGUGCAGGAGGAGACCGUGAGGAACGACGGGGAGGAGGAACCUGAGGCGGAGCUCCGGAGGGACCUCCCCCACCGGAUGGUGUUCCCCCUCACCCCAUCCGUGAGUGUGAAGCAGGAGCUCCGGCUGCCGGACGCGGUGGCAGGACUGAAGAGGGAGAGGGAGAAGGACAGGAGGCCCAGGGAGCUCCAGGACUGUCUGAAGAAAAAGAAACGGAAGCAGCGCUCUCCCGCUAAGCAGAUCCUCACCAUUAACGAAGACGGGUCCCUGGGCCUCCAGACCUCCAAGUCUCACGUGUGCGAGCACUGCAGCGCUGCCUUCCGAACCAACUACCACCUGCAGAGGCACGUCUUCAUCCACACCGGUGAGAAGCCUUUCCAGUGUAACCAGUGUGAUAUGCGCUUCAUUCAGAAGUACCUGCUUCAGCGGCACGAGAAGAUCCACACAGGUGAGAAGCCCUUUCGCUGCGAUGAGUGCGGGAUGAGAUUCAUCCAGAAGUACCACAUGCAGAGACACAAGCGCACCCACAGCGGGGAGAAGCCCUAUCAGUGCGACUACUGCCACCAGUACUUCUCCAGAACCGACCGGGUCCUGAAGCACAAGCGCAUGUGUCAUGAGAACCGGGGCGGUCGGGCCGGCUCCAGAGAGGGGCUGCUGGGAGCCGAGGACAGCCUGGGCUUCCCCUUCCCGCCCAAGGAGUGCCCCGCGGCCGCCAUGCCCCCGAAGAAGAAGCGUCAGCGGUCCUGCGAGAAGCCCCGCGGGGCCCUGGGGUGCCCCCUGGAGAAGGAGAGGCCCUGUAAGAACGAGUGCCUGCAGCUGUUCGCCGCCGGCCCUGGCCUGGCCCCGCCCGUCGUCUCCAAGGUGAAGGACGAGUACGUGGUGGCGGAGUACGCGGUGGAGCUGCCGGAGCCCACACUGGAGGGCGGGCUCUCCAGCUCGGGGUCCCCCGAGGAGGCCCACCCCCCGAAGCUGGUCCUGAAGAAGGUGACGGGCAAGAGGUGCCAGAAGCAGCGGCCGGAGCCCCCCGGGGACCUCUCCCCGCUGGCCGCGUUCGACGACGGCAAGGGCGGCCGCUUCGCCUUCGAGCUGGUGGACAAGCAGGGCCUGCUGGACGUGGCGUCUCAUCCGGAGCUGGACCCCGCGGCCUGCCCCAGCAAGCCCCCGGCCAGCAGCACCAACUACGACGACGCCGUGCAGUUCCUGAAGAAGAAGCGCUACCUGCACGCGGCCGCCAUGACGACGGCGGCCGCCGUCUCCGAGGCAACGCCCGGCGCGGGGCGGGACUACGCGCUGAGCGUGGGGGCGGCGUCCUCUCAGCCCGCCGUCACCCAGGCGGCCGUGGCCAGCGUGAUGGACCAGGACUCCGUCCCCUCGGCCCUCCUGGACGGGCACCAGGGCCUCGGCGUGGAGAUGAAGCCCGGCCACGAACGCCACAGCGUCCUGCCGGACGAGGUCCUCCAGACCCUGCUGGACCACUACUCCAACAAGGCCAACGGCCAGCCGGACAUCUCCUUCAGCGUGGCCGACGCCGAGGUCACCUCCAGCGUGUCCAUCAACUCCUCGGACGUGGGCGAGCCGGGGCCCCCCGACGCCCUGGGCUCCGGGCUGCCGCCGCCCCCGGCCGAGAAGGCCAGCAUGCUGCAGGAGUACUCCAAGUUCCUCCAGCAGGCGCUGGAGAGGACCAGCCAGAACGACGCCUUCCUCAGCAGCCCCAGCCUGGCCUUCGUGUCGGAGAGCCAGGCCCUGUUCCCCGCUGCGGAGAAGCAGUACCCGCCGGCCGGCCGGCUGCGAGCGGGGCUGGGCUCCCCGCUCCGCUCCCCCCUGGACAAGUCUCACUUCGGCCUCCUGGUGGGGGACGGCCAGCACCCCUUCUCCUUCUCGGGGGACGAGACGAACCCCCCCUCCGUCUCGCCCACGGAGGACUUCCUGGAGCAGGUGACCGUGGCCAAGAAGCCCGACGCCGCGGUGGUGGCCGCGGCCGUGCACCCCGUGUUCCAGAUGGGCGGCUUCGAGCAGAACUUCCGGUCCCCGCUCCAGGCCUCGCGGUCCGGCAUGGCCUCCCAGUUCAGCAUCGUCAACGGGCAGCUCAGCCUGCGGGGCCAGGGCGGGGGGGCGUCCGACUUCCCCGAAUUCUCGCUGGUCAGCGUGACUGAGUCCAGGACUCAACUGACCUCGUCACCAGAUGCCACAAGCGGUCAGACUUUUGGAUGAAGGGACUCGAGCUCGAGCGUCCGUAAUUCAAGGUCCUGUCGAGAAAAAGCACUUUAUAUUCCUUUCGUUUGUGGUCUCCCGGCCUGGGUUGCACUGUAGGGGUGGUUCGCUGUUUCUAUGAGUUGAAUGCAUUGAAGUAUCGUCUCUUUAUUUUUAAUUUUCAUUAUUUUUUUAUUACGUUGACCACAUUUACAGUUUAAAUAUUCACAUCUAAAAUAUAUCUUUCAUGUUACAGUUAACGACAAAUGAAAAACAAGGAAUACAAUUUUAUUGUAAUUUGUAGUUCUGUAUCUUAGGAGAUUUUUAGAAAAUAUUUAUCUUUGUCGUUGUAGAAUGUGAUUUAAAACAAAGCGUGUUGUUUUGAGAUGUGUGAAAAAGAAACAGGUAUCAGUCUUACCUCAUAGCUGGCCAAUAAUCCCAAGUCCUGUCCUAUGAGCACCUAUUUGACAAUCAUGACCAGAUAAAAUUGUUCAGUGAAUGGCAGAGUUUGUGGCCCGGAGCACGUCGAGUUUCUGAGCCACUGGAUUUGUGGGAAUUUCUAAAUGUUUUGAGUUCGGAAGCCGGCACUGCGUCAAGCUAACGGUAACGGUGCAGGGUCUUUUCGGCUUGAGUUAUCACUUACCUCCGGCUGGUGUACGAGCCCGUCCUCUCCCUUCCACCUUUCUCCUUUCCUGAUUUAACGAGAGGGACCUUUGCAUUGCAUUAUUGGUUGCCAAGGAGAAGAACGCCUUUUUUGUUAUUUUGCUCAUCGACAUUUCACUGCCAACCCUUACAACUGUGUGAAUGCAGGUCUGCUGGGUGGGUGGUUCAGAUUUAAAUAGCACUGCUAAUGCACAGAAGUUUGGACCUUGCCGUAAGCAGGUGCAGACGCACCAUUUCCACUAUUCACUAGUCUCCUUUCUGUCCCCCACGGAGCGUCUUUGUGUGUCUGCCUAUGACGGUGCUGGGCGAAGAGGCUUCACAAACCCCGUGACGUGCUGUCGGUCGCUGGCUCAUCUGAAGGAGAAUACUUUGCUGUCUUGGAAAACAAGUUUUAUUUUUCCAAGUCACGCUUUGUGGCCAAAUUUUAAAAUAGUCAUGACAUGAUGAAAGUAGCCAUUGGUAUCCAUUUUAGGGGUUCUUGAAGCCAUACUCAGUAAAUGUGCAACAGAAUGUUCUUUGAGUAACUCUCAUUUGGAAAAUCGAGCAAGUUGGCUUGCGCCCUGAAUUUCGAAGCUGCUAAAAAUUAAGUGAAAAUGUUUGAAAAAUAUUUUUUCUUACUUCCCCAGAAUAUAUAUUUAUUAUUUGUAAUAUUAAUUGUUUAGGUGCAAUGUUUGAUUUGGUAAAGGAAGGUUCUGUAUGAUGGUAUUGAUUCCCUUUCCCAAAUCAUCAUGAUUUGGUGAUUCACACAAUAUUAUGUUAUGUGCAAACACCUUGUCUUUAUUGGUACAGUGCGGAGUAAGAAAAACAAAAAAAAAAACAGAUUUGUGUCAAGAAGUGAUAAUGAAACAAAUUGUUAUUCAAGCUAAAAGUAGCUAUAUUUGCACUUUGAACCAUUGUGAUGAAAGGUUUGUUUUUGGACAUUAUCCUAAUACACUGGACUGAAAAAUCAGUGGGUUUGUGAACAUUUGAUGCCUUUUUAAAAUGAUGCCAAAUUUUCAUUUAAUUGACUUUUCAAAAUGUAAUGGUGGCCUGACAAAUAUUUUAUACUUUUUUGAACAAUAUGUCAAAGGAAGUCAGCUGUCGAUGAUAUCGUACAGAUGGGGGUGUGGCUUCAUUUCUGAUUGGUGGACGAAUCAGUUGAUUGUAUUAACCUUUCCCCCUUUCUAAGGAAACAACAUUGGGCUGAAGAACAAGAUUGUAAUUGAAUUUUUACAAAAUAUCAUGUCCAGUCUUUUCCUUUGCUAUUUUACGCUUUGCUUGCUGAAAUGAUCUCAAUUUUCAUAUCCUGUCAAGUGCAUUUCAGUUUUUAAAUUGCUUGCAUUGCACAACGGUAUUGUUUUUUCUUCUUAAGAAAAUAGUUUAUUUUUUAAAUGUAGUAUUAUAGUUGUUGCUCAAUCAGUGCCUUUACGUACCUGUAAACUCCCUUUGACGCUCUCAUAGGAGCUUUUAAAUCUGGCUUCAUGCGCACUUUCCAGACAGAAUGCCUGCCAGCAUUGGGCUUUAGCCCUUUUCCAUUUCAUUCACCAGAAUUUCAGUCUUAAUGGAAGAUUAAUCUCUUCAUGUUUUGGAUUGGAUUUUUAAAGCACUUUUUACAUAAUCACUGAUCGCGUCUCUCAGUCCACCAGGGAUUAAGACUUUCACUGCACUGCAGCAAUUUGUGCUUUCAGUUUGUUUUUCUUCAGAAAACGGUAAAAAUGUGGGGAAAAAAGUGAAAAGGUAAAAUUCUUUCUGUCUUGCUGAAUGAUUGGUGAAGCAUAAUCUUAAGUGAAUUUCGACAUGCCAUGAUUAUUUUUAUUUUUUUGUUGUUGUUUCAGAUGGGUUCGCAUAUUUUAUAUGUUCGUAUCUUCAUACGCUCGCUUAUCAUAUUCUUAAAGACCGUAAUCCCUGCUUUAGACUUCUGAUGCACAAUGUAUUGUCUCGGUACAGGAAAGGGUGGAGAGUUGAGGUUACUCGUACUCACUGCAAACCUCAAGGUGUGAUUUAAUAAGUGUAUAUGCUUUUUAAAAUGGUUAGGUAUUGUUACAUUUAUAUUGUAUUUGUACAUAUAGAAGAGUAUUUAUUGCAAAUAUAGCAAAAUAAAUAAAUAAACCUCAACCUCAGUCACAUAAAAACGGAUUCAGACAAAAUGGUUUGAUCUUUCAUACCCUUAAUUUUUCGGAAGUCGAGAAGCAAUUCUACCACAUAUUGGUGUUUUGCUCUGAAAUGUUUGUACAGAAGUCUUCCCCAAUUUGUAAAGUUUAAUACUAUGAUCAUAAUUUUCCGAAUAAGUCUUACCCCCCUAGCAGUGUUUGUAUACCGUAGCUAGUGCGAGCCACUUUUUGACUGCAUUUUUUUUUUUUAGUUCUUAAAUCUCUUCAGACAAUCAAGAGAGAACUUUCUCAGCAACUCCACCCUUUCUCCUUACACACAUUCCUUUCGUUUUGAGCGCGUUUUAUGAGGAAGCCUGUGUAUGCUGUAAAUACAUUUUUGUAUUUGGAACCGUAUGUAUAACUUCUGUUGCUGUAAAUACAAUCACGUAGUUCUGCCAUUUAUUUUGCUUUGUUUUCAGUUGGCAAUAAUGUACUGUACCAUGUGAGUAACUGGAGUCUAGCAGAAAUAACCAAGCAGCGGUUUUGCCUGUCCGAUUAACUUUGCCGAACAAAAAGUCAAUACAAAUAGCUGAAAAAAAUGCAAUACUUCAGUUGUUUGAUCGGUGCUGCAUUUUAAUAAAACAAUGCAAUAUUUUGGGAUUGUUUGGAGUUCUCCAAAUUAAACCUGUGUCCUCUCCUCCAGUCAAGUACAUUAUUGCAGUCCUGUUUUGUUAUUCAAUAUUUUUACAUGGAGUGUAUAAGUCAGUAAUCAAUGAAAUGUUAAUAUUUUUCUAUGGGAGGCUGAAUAAUUCGGAGAGGAAAUUGGGACAUAAUUCAUAACAAAAAUGAAAGGACACCUAAGUAAUGUGUUAUUCUUCAUAUGUCUGUAUAUUACAUCUUAAAAUGCCAAUUCCCACAAGAAACUGUUCUCAAUGGUUGGAAGCUAUUAAUGAAACAAAUUCAGUUUAUUUGCAUGUCCUCCAUUGUCAUUUUUAGUACACUGGGUAUAUUUUUAUAUGUAAUGUAAGCCUUUUAUCGUAGCUGAUGCAUUUUGGUAGAGGACAAUUAACUUUCAUGCAAUAUUACGCAUACAUUUUGUCUAAAUCUAAUUUUAUUGGCUGUCGUUGGUUUUUGAUUGUGUCUUAAUUGCAAUUGUGUAAUGAUUUGUCCCUCAAAUACAUGUGAUUUACAGUA